AGUACAAAGACUACAGAGCAGCAAAAGCAAAGCAAAAGAAAUCGAAGCUACUUUUUGAUAUAACCCUUUUUCUUUUCUUCUUCUUGAUUUGGUUGCAAGCUCUCUCUCUCUUCUUUUUUGGGCAAGCUUCCUCAUGGAAUGGUAGAUUUGAGCUUCGAAAGUGUCACGUUUGCGAGGUAUUUGCAGUUUCGCGUGAUCUUGGCGUUAUGGGAAAAUCACCUGGAAAAUGGAUUAAGACUGUGCUUUUUGGAAAGAAAUCUUCCAAAUCUAGUUAUCCUAAAGGAAGGGAGAAAGUUGCAAAUGAGAAAGAGGUACUGGUUGCGGACAGAGCAUCAGAAACUGAUGACGCUGUGGCUCCUCCCUUCACGUCACAGCUGAAUCCAUAUGCUACUGAGAGAGAUGAAGGGAAAUUAGAACUGGAGAACAAGGAAGCUGCAAAUAUCUCGCAUAAUGAUGGGAUAUCACUGCCAGUGAGUGAAGGCAGAGAUUCUCAGAAGUCCACUCUUCAAGAUUCACCAUAUGAUCCUGAAAGGAUGAAGCGAGAACAAGCUGCAACCAUGGCACAGGCUGCUUUUAGGGGUUACCUGGCUCGCAGGGCAUUCCGGGCCCUCAAAGGCAUCAUAAGGCUGCAGGCACUUAUUCGUGGCCACUUGGUUAGGAGACAAGCUAUUGGUACUUUGUGCUGUAUGAUGGGAAUUGUCAAAUUACAAGCACGUGUUCGCGGAGUAAUGGUCAGGCAUUCUGAUAGUGGUCUUGAAGUGCAGAAAAAAUGCAAUCAAAUUAACCUCCUGCAGGAGAGCAAGCUUGUGGUUUCUCUUGGAGUUAAUAUGCCUGCACGCAUUGAAAAGUUGUCAACAAAUGCUUUUGUUCGUAAGCUUGUUGCUGCAUCACCUACUGUAAUGCCUUUGCGCCUCCGUUAUAAUGCUGGAGAAUCAAAUUCAGUCUGGAACUGGUUAGAGUGCUGGUCAGCAUCCUGCUUCUGGAAACCAGUUCCUCAACCAAAGAAAGCCUCUGACGCGAAAUUGCAGAGGAAGCCAGUUAAUUGUCAAGUUGUUGACACAGAAACAGGUAGACCAAAACGGAGUGUCCGCAGAAUUCCACCUGCAAAUCUGGAUGGUGCUGUUCAAGCAACCUCUGAAUUUGAUAAGCCCAAGCGUAACCUGAGGAAAAUUUCCAACCAUCAAGCUGAGUUAGCGCAGGAAAACCCACAAUAUGAGCUUGAAAAGGUUAAACGCAACUUGAGAAAGGUUCAUAAUCCCGUGGUAGAAAAUUCACUGCAGUCAGAAGUUGAAUUUGAAAAGCCAAAGCAAAGUUUGGAAAAGGUCUCAAACACUACGAAUCUUAAUAUUGUAGAACAGAGCCUGAACAGUUCAGCUGAGAAGACAAACAAAGAGAUGGAUGUGACCAUAGAUAGCUCAGCUGAGAAGAUGAAGAAAGAGACGGUCAUGACAGUAAAUAGCUCAGCUGAGAAGAUGAGAAAAGAGACUGCUACGGUAAAUAGCUCGGCUGAGAAGAUGAAGAAAGAGACGGCUUUGACAGUAAAUAGCUCAGCUGAGAAGAUGAAGAAAGAGACGGCUUUGACUGUAAAUAGCUCAGCUGAGAAGAUGAAGAAAGAGAUGGCUUUGACACUAAAUAUCUCGGCUGAGAAGAUGAAGAAAGAGAUGCCUUUGACAGUGAAUGGCUCAUCUGAGAAGACAAAGAAAGAGAUGGCGUUGGCAGUUUCCAUAUCACCUGACAUUAAAACUAUGCCAGGGUCAUUUGGGGUAAAUGAAACAUCGGAUUUAUUGCAUGCUGAUUCUUUGGGUGUUGUCUCGAAGCCUUUGAUAGAUGGAGCUGUUAAGGAUGAGAAUACACCCAUUACAAAUGGGGAGUUGAACAGGAAGGAUGAUUCAACUAAUAAUGAGAAUCAGAAGUCAGGCAGGAAAGCUUCUUAUCCUGCGAAACAAAAUCGGUCAGAGAAUGGGGCUCAGAACAGUCCUGCACUGCCUAGCUACAUGGCAGCAACUGAAUCUGCCAAGGCUAAGCUGAGACUACAAGGCUCUCCUAGCUCUGGCCAGGAUGCAGGUGACAAAAAUAACCUCACUCGUCGCCAGUCUUUGCCAUCUUCUGCCAAUAAAAUCAGCUCACAGUCACCAAGGACGCAGAAACUGGUUCAUGCAGGGGGGAGAGCAGGGAACAAAACUGACAGAUCUACGUUGUCAUCCAAAGAUGGAAAUGCAAAGGUAACCCAAGUAGAGUGGAGGAGGUGAUGUUGUGGAAAAUUGUGAUUUGUGGAGUUAGCAUAACGGGUUCAAGAAUUAUUUGCCUUGUGGAUUUAUAUAUCUUUAUUUCUUUUGGUGUAAGAUUAAUAGAAUGGGCUGUAAAACUGAAACUGGGUCUAUAGAUGAAGGUGUGUGCAGGCCGAGUGCCUUUUGAAAAAAUGUGUAUGCUGGGUGUUUGUGAGUGUACAUGGAUAGGUUUUGGAACUUUCAACAAGCCAGUUAUCAUUAUCAUAUAAAAUUUCAUUUCGUUUGCUCCUCAAA